CAAGCAUCACCAUUCCCCAAAUUCCCUCUUACAGCUCAGCUCACUCUUCCUGUAACCAUGGCUCCUACAUCAGCUUUGGAACUCUUCGGACUCAUGCAAAGUGGAGCAACUCGCCUUCAGCACACUGUGAACCAGCACCUCAAUCUCCUGUCAACGACUAACCCUUCCAGUGGAAUUCCCAGUGAUCAAGUUACCAUCUCGCCAGCAUGUAGUUUCCGCUCAACAUUCGUACACGGAUCAGUCCUUGAAGCCCAUCAAGGUGAAAAAACGAUGAAGAUCGUAUCCAGUUCAGAGGGUUAUCUCCAAGUACUCUCGAUCGACGAAGUGGCUAUGGUGGUGGUCUCGUACUUGGAUGGUGAAUCACUGUCACGUGUCCAAGGUGUUAACAAAGCUUGGCGAACGUUCGUCCAGCAAUACCUAGAGCCACUCUAUCGAGUUUUGGUCCAGGAGCGACGGAUUUUCCACACUGUUAUCACCUCCACGUCGGCGUUUAAGUCAUAUCUCUUCUCGUUACGUCACGAACUAGACCGAGAGCUGGCACACACCCACUCUGUACAUCCCACACAUCAGGCAUUGGAACAGUACUGCGCUUCAACGGAUCAGCAUGGCUUCGUCGCUAUGUUCUGCGACAUCAUCGAGUUCCACGAUCCGAGAAUUGCUCGGUUCGUGGCUUGGAAGCGACAGAGCGCGCUUAGUAUGGUGCUAGCUGCAACUCCGACACACGUCAUGAACUUCCGAAAGCGAUCCAGUUACGUGGGGCCCAUUACCUUCGUGCCAGUGGAUAACCCCCUAUGGCCAGUGUUCACGUCGUCACGUGUGGAUGCACCGGGAUUCAUGGGGUACGCUUUUGACCACGUCACAAUGAUUCCGGGUUACGAGGCACUCAGAAAUACAGUCGUCAAAUCUAUUCUCAAGGAACUUAUGAUCUUUGACACGCCAGAGAACGCAGCAGCAUACGGACGCAGCAUUGGCCGCGCACCAUACGCCGCCAUUCUCGAGGAUGAAGACGCCAUGGUGCUAGUCGGACAGGCAGAACGCACCAGUCAUCUCACCUUUUCCACACCUCUGCGUCGACAGCUAAGCAAAUAUCCUGUAGCUGAAAGAAUUUGCCGGCUUCGUGCAAAGAUCAAAGCUGUUGAUGACUGUAUCGCAUCUACUCCAAACAUUUCUGUAAAGUAAAUAUUCAUAGUAUACCGCAACAUUUCCAGAAAUAUAUUCCCAUCCAACUAUAUUCUAUUUUUUUAA